GCUAUUUAUUUUGACUCAUUUAGCCACUGUCCCAUUCAGCACACUUCACUUUACUGAAUUUGCUCAAAUUAGGGUUUUUACUGAUUGAGAUGUAGAGGAACCUACAAUGGAAGAAGCAAUUGAACAACAACAAAUUCAAAAUCAAAAUCAAAAUCAAUCCCCAAAACACACUCAAGAGGAGUUAGGGUUUGAGUCCCAAACUCCCCAAACGUCGUUGUUACCUUCCGAUCUCAAUAUCGAAAACCCUAAUCAAAAUCAACCAAACGAAAAUGAUGAUGAAGAUGAGAUGGCGAUGCAAAUCAUAUGCGAAGAUCUUCGUGAUCUGGUCUUGAACCAGGCCUUAGAUAAAGAGAGAGAAAAAGAAGAUCUUCACCACCUUGAUCCUGAAGAAAAUGGAAAAAUCAAUGAAAACGAGGUUGAAAAUGUUGAAGGGAAUGAUGAUGGAUGGGGGGAUGUUGGCGAAUAUGGUGAUUAUCAUUAUGAUGAGGAAAAUAGGAGCGGAAGUGUUAAUGGGAAUGACAAUGAGAAUGAUGGGGAAAAGGAGAAUGGCUAUGAAGGGGAUUCUAAGGAAGGAGGAGGGUUUAAUGCAAAUAAUAGGAUUAAGAAAAAAUUUAUUUACCCUUUAAGACCUGAUGCUCAGGAUUGUCCUUAUUUUAUGAAAACAGGCGUGUGUAAAUUUGGAUUCAAUUGCAAGUUUAAUCACCCUUCCAGAAGAAAAUACCAGACUCUUUUGCCAAUUCUUCAGCAGGGGACAAAGGAGAAGGGAAAGCAAAGGGAAGAAAGCCAGGAAAGGCCAGGGCAGAUUGAAUGCAAGUACUACCUGACAUCAGGGGGUUGCAAGUAUGGAAAAGCUUGUAAAUUCAAUCAUAGUAGGGAAAAAGGUUCCAUCUCACCUAUUGCGGAGUUCAACUUUCUUGGCCUGCCUAUUCGACCGGGGGAGAAGGAGUGCCCUUACUAUAUGCGUACUGGCUCUUGCAAGUAUGGGUCCAACUGUAGGUUUCAUCAUCCUGAUCCUACCACUGUGGCUGGAGCUGAUCGUUCUUCUGGAUAUAAUAACGGUGGAGCUGUUCCCGUACAAGCUGCCUCCCAUCCAGCUGCAUCUUCUUGGUCUUCGCCAAGAGCAUUGAAUGACACAGCUCCUUACGUACCAAUGAUGUAUCCACCAACCCAAGGCAUUCCUUCUCCAAAUACCGAAUGGAAUGGGUAUCAGGCCCCGGUCUAUCCAACAGCAGAGAAGAGACUACCUACUCCUCCAGCAUUUGGUAUGAACAAUCCAGCAACCAAGACCAAUUACUAUCCACGGCCUCUACAGCCACUGCUGGUUGAAGAAUAUCCUGAACGUCCCGGUCAACCUGAUUGCAGUUACUUCAUUAAAACUGGAGACUGUAAAUACAAAUUUAACUGCAAAUUUCACCAUCCAAAGUCUCGAGUAUCAAAAGCAAACUCAAGUACUCUUAAUGAGAAGGGCCUGCCGCUAAGACCUGAUCAAACUGUCUGCUCAUUCUACAGCCGUUAUGGGAUAUGCAAGUUUGGCCCUGCUUGUAAGUUUGAUCAUCCAGAAAAUUAUGUUGGAUCUGGUUCAUCUACCGAGUAUGGCUUUGAUCAGCCUCAGCAAUCACAGAUGUCUCUAGGAUGGCAAGGACGGGAACUGGAAGUGGAUCGCUGAUACAGCAGUCUGUAUAAGUAAUUUUGGGAUCCAGUUUCAUCUAGAGUUUAGAAUUCACACCAUAUGCCAAUGGUUGAUCUUCUGAGACUUGAAACUCCAUCAACAUGAGUAUAAGUUCUCUGAUCUGCUUAAAGGACAGCAUGAUAAUCUCUCAUGUUUCAUGUUGUUUAAAGCGCAAGCAAAAUAGGAUACUGUAAAUUAUUUAUAGGGCGUUUUGUUUUAGAUUAAAUGAAGAUAUUUGGAUACUGAUGCUGCCUAUUACUAGGAUGUUUGCGAUUUCAGCAAAGGGGAUGAUUUCAACAAAGGGGAUGAUCGGGUUAUUUAGCAUGUUUUCCCCUUUGAAUAGAGCUUUAAAUCUUUUACUUUUGAUUUUCGUGUUGA